UGCGGAGGUUCCGAGGCGCUCUGAGGUCCGAGAAACCACCGUCCCGUAAGAAAGCGUCAAUAUAAUUCUGACCCCGGCGGCCCAGGCGUGGGUCCUCAGAGGGUGUGCUCCGCAAGGGUUCAGCUGCUGACAGGACUGCUUUUCCUGAAAGCGCUGCAAGCACGUGAAGGUAGUUGGCAGUCCUCUAGCAAUGGAUAAAUUCGUCAUUCGAACGCCUAGAAUCCAAAAUAGUCCUCAGAAGAAAGAUCCUGGUGGAAAGAUUUACAAGCAGGCCACGAUUGAAUCUCUGAAGAGAGUUGUGGUUAUAGAAGACAUAAAAAGAUGGAAAACUAUGUUGGAGCUUCCUGAUCAGACCAGAGAGAAUCUAGUUGAAGCUUUACGAGAAUUAAAGAAGAAAAUACCUUCCAGGGAAGUGUUAAAAUCAACAAGGAUAGGUCACACCGUGAACAAGAUGCGUCAGCACUCAGAUCCAGAAGUGGCUUGUCUUGCCAGAGAAGUUUACACUGAGUGGAGAACUUUCAUUGAAAAACAUUCAGACAGACCUUCUAUUGAAGUGCGAAGUGACCCCAAAACUGAGACAUUCAGGAAAAAUGCCCAGAAGUUACUCUCAGAAGCCUUGGAAUUAGAGAUGGAUCACCUACUGGUUGAAAAUAUUGAGCGGGAAACGUUUCAUCUCUGCUCCCGCCUCAUUACUGGGCCAUACCGGCGGACGGUGAGAGCCCUGGUCUUCACAUUAAAGCACCGAGCUGAAAUCCGGGCUCAGGUGAAGAACGGCUCGCUGCCAGUCGGCACAUUUGUACAGAACCACAAAAAAUGACCCGAGGAUGGUUGCAGCGCUAGGCUGGGCAGAAAGCAAAACGGGCCUGGCUCUCUGCCAUUCAAAGACUCUUUUGAGUUUGGGCGACGGCUGCUGCCGGCGGUGCCGAGUUUUCCCCUGGCGCCAUUCCCGCAGACCGAGGAUGCGGAGAGCCCCGGGAGCCAGGCCCGCGGGAGAGGCUGCAUUAGCUGUAGAGCGUUCAUGCCGCCUCGCGGGACGGGGCUGGCUGGCACCAGGAAGUGCAGCACAGUUGCCGUCACCCAGCCCGGUGAAAGGGUGACGGAUUUCACUGGGAGUGUGCCAAGGACACCUCUGAACUCCCCCAUGUCAGGCAGAUGAACUGACUGCUUGAUUUCGCCACCCUGCAGGUAACUGAAACUCAAUUACCACGGCUGCUCGCUCAGUCCCGUCCCCCUGAGUUUAGACAGCUCCGGUGCCCGUCAGAACUCCCCUGUCUGUUCUCUUUGCUCUACCCCAGGGGUGAGCCUGCUGGAGCCAGCCAACUACCCCUUCUUUCCAGAACUCACUUAUCUGAACAUUGCAGCUCUCCCUGGAAGACCUUCUGCAUUGGUCUCCGGAGCCCCCAUGCUGAGGCUUCUAAUGAGGAGCUGGCCUGAAGCCUCCCCACACCUUGGGGUUUAUUUGAAUACGCUGGCUCUUGGUUUAGGGCUCUGUAGAAGGUACAUAAUGAAAUUUCUCUUGAAAUGAAUUACCAUAGUAGAAAAACAAGUAUGUCUAUAUUCUAAAAUGAAAUGCCACUUAUAGGCCUGCUUGAACAAUUACGUAAAUGGUA